AUGGUGAGCAAACUUUUCAUCUCCUUCCCCUUUUUUUCUCCUCCUCUUUUUUCCGGUGAACUUCGCCGCUGGCCACCUCCUCGCCUCCGCCGCCCAUUGUGCGCCUCCGUCGCCGCCGCUCGAGCGAUAGCUGUCGUCCGCCUUCUCGCUCUCCCCCAUCCCAGAUCUGGAACAGGAAACCCUUCCAGAUCUGAAAAUUUCGCUCACCAAGCUCCCUCUGUGAUUUAUAUCACUUUCUCCGUUUGGUUCUUGUCCGGCUCCUGAGAACGAAGAAGAAGAGGAGUGAUCUGCUUCCCUUGUAAAAGGUUCAGGUAAGGAUGGCUACUGUAAGAAAUCUGAAGAUCAAGACAGCAACCUGCAAACGAAUUAUCAAGGAGUUGCAUUCUUACGAGAAGGAGGUGGAGAGAGAGGCUGCCAAAACAGCUGACAUGAAAGAAAAGGGAGCUGACCCUUAUGACCUUAAGCAACAGGAAAAUGUGCUGGCUGAAUCAAGGAUGAUGAUUCCAGAUUGUCACAAGCGUCUGGAGGCCUCCUUAGCUGAUCUGAAAGGAGCAUUGGCUGAACUGGAAGAAUCUACACAAGAGAAAGGCCCAGAAUUCGAUAAUGCUCGGAGCACGAUCUCCGAGGUCGAGAAUUUCCUGAAGACAACCGAGGAACAGUAGUGAGUUUGACACAGAUCAUAAUUACAGAAAACAGAAUUUGAUACUGAUGCCUGAUUGAUCAAAUGACACUGACUUUUUCAAUAUAUUAGCUUCUUAUAUUUGGCUUUUGCAUGAUGUGUCUGAAAUUUGGAUAGACUCAUCUUGGUCUGUUAUUCACUACCUAGCAUUCAAGUUUAAGAAUUGAACUUUUCUGCUCA